AUGGCGCGCGUGUCCCAAAAAAAGACCAACACCUCAGCCUCCCCUAUACUACCUAAGCAGCCUCCACUCGUUUCUUCCCUUGAUCCCGGGUCCAAUGACACGCCUCUUGAACCGGGCUGUCAACCGAACACUGAACCAAAUCUCGAAACGAACCACGAAACGAACCACGAAACGAACCGCGAACCGUCCCGAGCCUCCAUCACGUCCGAACAACCCAUCAUCGCCGCCGCCGGCCAGGCUUUCUCGAAUGUCCCUGCCGGCCAAAGCCAAGCCGGCGCUGCUGCUAAUGGCGCCCCAAAUACGAAAAGUCCCAUAUGUCUCACGUCGCGUCUUCUCCUCAUGGCUAACGAGGGCUCCAGCGAUAACGACAGCGACGAUGGCUUGUAUCUUGAGGAAGAUGUCGACAGCGACAGGCACGAAACUCCGGAACUGGGGCGCGGCCGGCGGAGGCCUGACAAAGAUUGUCUGGCGUCGUUGAACGGGGGAGGAUCCGAUUCCCUUAACCAUUCUCCCGACAACAGCAUCCAAGUCAACCAAGACCCCGACUCGUCUCUACUCAUGCCGAAGACCUCAUCCCGCCCCCACCCGGUCCGCCCCAAGACUUACCAGACCCCCCUUGUCGAGGACGAGAAUGACGAGGGAGUCUUGUAUGACGAAGAAGACAAGGGCGAGGACAAUGACGACGACCACGACAACCACAACGACAGCAAUGGCAAAGACGAAAAGCACAUGGCAAACGACGCUACAGCAAGACACGACCAUGACGCAUCACAUACGCUCACCGUCACCCCCGAUAUCACAACAACUGGUGACCAGAAGCUGCUCCAGGCCAUCAAACAGUUGCGCAGCGGCGCCAUGCUCACGGACAACUCCGUUCGCGCGCUGCAGACGAAGAUGGCGAAGAGCAUAGGUUUGGAUAGCAGCAUUGCCAUCGUUGGAUCCUCUGUAUUUCUUCCGAGCCCGCAAUACAACCGCCGUCCAGGCUGCCGUCACCAGUGCGCCGGGGUGUCGUUACAUCCUUGUACGCCUUCAUCCAUCAUCAAGGCCCGCCAAAGCACUAAUCCCAUGCCCUCUGUCCCAAAGCUCCAGUCCAGUCUACUACCGCCUACCCUGCUCGAAACCAAGCCGUCGUGGACGCAAGCCAUCACGCAAGGCACCAACGUUCCACUCAAUACUGUCCCCUCACAAUACCGACAACGAAUUAGAAAGCGCCUCUCGGAGCAGCAACUUCACAGCGCCCCUUCGGUCCCAAGCGGCGGCCCAUCAUCAAGGGACACGGCAUCCGGCACCACCGGCGUCCGCACUACCAUCCACUACGGCGUCAUGUACAGCACCGCCGCAGUCCCCGACCCUGUCUUCUGCACCACCGCCGCCUAUUGCACUACUAGCCUUGUCAUCAUCACACGUCGUCGACAUGCAACCCAAGACGGACCAAGGCACAACCAGGGCCGACAACUCCGGGGCCCUGCCCGGUGCGCGUGCCAGAAUUGA